GCGUCGCCGGGGAGGCGCGGCGCGGCGGGGAUGGCGGAGGUGGGCGCGUGUGGCCGGCUGCUGUCAUGGCCCCGCGUCCUCCUGUUCGGGGACUCCAUCACCGAGUUAGGAUCUAAUUGUGUCCACUUCAUUCAGGCUGCCUUUCAGGAAAACGGAUGGGGAGCAUCGCUUGCUCAGAAACUAGUCAGAAAAUGUGAUGUUUUAAAUCGUGGGCUGUCAGGCUACAAUACCAGAUGGGCUAAACUAGUUCUUCCAAGAUUGAUCAGCAAAAGUUCUAAUGCUGAAAACACAGUUGCAGUUACCAUCUUCUUUGGAGCUAAUGACAGCGCUUUAAAAGAUAUGAAUCCCAAGCAACAUGUUCCCCUGGAAGAGUAUGCUGAGAACUUAAAGAGCCUGGUACAAUAUCUGAAGUCUGUAGACAUUACUGAAGACAGAAUUAUUUUGAUAACACCCCCUCCUCUUUAUGAACCAGCUUGGGAAAAGGAGUGUAUUGCCAAAGGUGACAAAUUAAACCGUCUCAAUUCCACCACUGGGGAAUAUGCCAAGACAUGUGUUCAAGUAGCUAAGGAGUGUGGGACUGAUGUAAUUGAUCUGUGGACACUUAUGCAAAGCAAUAAGGAUUUCUCUUCCUAUUUAUCUGAUGGGCUUCAUUUAUCAGCAGAGGGAAAUAAUUUUUUAGCAACCCAGCUUUGGUCCUGGAUAGAAAAUAAAAUAUCUGCACUGCCUUUGCUGUUUCCUUACUGGCGUGAUGUAGAUCACCUGAAUCCUGAAGGUAGCCUACUAGGAACUCCUGCUCAUUGAAUUACCUAUUUCUUAAACAGAUGGAUUUUUGUCCAUCAGGCUUAUUUUCUGUGGUUUAUAGUUAGGAGAAUAGUUUUAAUGUUUUCUGAUUUCUAGAGAUUGUUUAUGAAAAAAUAAAGUUACUUUUAGACCUUCCAA